AUGGCUUCUUCCUCCCAUUAUCAUUACCAUCAAGCUGAUGAUGAUGAACUUGAUACCGUAUUUGAUGAUAUAUUUGAAGAUCUUGAUCCUAUUCCCGAACCAAAAGAGCGAAAAAAACGGAUUUUUAUCGAGAGAAACCGGGAAGAUGGUCACAACAAGCUUUGGAAUGAUUAUUUUAGCGACACUCCAACAUAUCCGCACUAUUUGUUCCGCCGACGAUUUCGAAUGAACAAGCCAUUGUUCUUAUAUAUUGUGCAUCGUCUAUCUACUGAAGUUGAGUAUUUUCAACCAAAACAAGAUGCAACCGGACGGUCGGGUAUUUCUCCUCUCCAGAAAUGUACCGCAGCAAUUCGUCAAUUGGCGUAUGGUGGUGGAGCUGAUCCCGUAGACGAAUAUUUAAGACUUGGUGAAACAACAUCUCGGAAAUGUUUGCACCAUUUUGCCGCCGGCAUAAUCCACUUGUUUGACGAUGAAUACCUCAGACGUCCCACACCAGAGGAUCUUCAGAGACUACUCCAUGUUGGUGAACAACGGGGAUUUCCCGGGAUGGUUGGAAGCAUUGACUGUAUGCAUUGGGAGUGGAAGAAUUGCCCCACUGCUUGGAAAGGAAUGUAUUCACGAGGAACCGGAAAACCAACAAUUGUGUUGGAGGCCGUUGCUUCAUAUGACCUCUGGAUAUGGCACGCAUUUUUUGGAGCUCCAGGUACUUUGAACGAUCUCAAUAUUCUGGACAGAUCACCUGUUUUUGAUGACAUUAUUAACGGGAAUGCUCCUCAAGUAAACUUCUGUGUCAACGGAAGGGAAUACAAUUUGGCGUACUAUCUGACUGAUGGUAUCUAUCCAAAAUGGGCGACUUUUAUUCAAUCUAUACGACUGCCACAAGGUGCCCAAAAUUCUUUAUUUGCUCAAAGCCAAGAAUCCGUUCGAAAAGAUGUCGAGUGUGCCUUUGGGGUCCUGCAAGCUAGGUUUGCCAUUGUUAGAAAUCCUUCUAAUUUAUGGGAUAAAAAUAAAAUAUCAAAUAUUAUGAGAGCAUGUCUAAUACUCCAUAAUAUGAUUGUCCAAGAUGAACGAAACUCAAACACUCUUGAAGAAUUUCAAGAUGACGAUUUCACAUAUACCGUCAAAAAGGCUACAAGACCCGGGUAUCCUGACCCCACAAAAGUGGUCCAGAUUAGUCACGUGCUGCCACAUGUCGGUCCCCUAUCCCUGGCGAUGCCGAAAUGUUAA